UUCCAUCAUUAUGAAUAACAGGCUGUGAGAAGUUAAUCUUCCUCUCCAGCAGCGGCUUUGUUUCGUUUCUGUUCUGAGAGGAAGCCAAAAGGAGAAGACCCCAAGCGGCCAUGAGCUCUGCCAUCACCACCUGUGAGCACCCCAACCCCUUGCACAGGGGUGAUGGUGUGCUCAGCUCCCAUGAAGGUGACCAAGGCAGCAAGAAGGAUGGCCAGCUCAAGAGUCCCAGCAGCAGCCACAUGGCUUAUGGCAUCCUGGAUAUCCCACCAUGGUAUCUCUGCAUCUUCUUGGGGAUCCAGCACUUCCUCACGGCCCUAGGGGGGCUUGUGGCAGUGCCGCUCAUCUUGGCUAAGGACCUGUGUUUGCAGCAUGAUCCCCUGACCCAGAGCUACCUCAUCAGCACCACUUUCUUCGUCUCUGGCAUCUGCACUCUCCUGCAAGUACUUUUAGGAAUCAGGCUGCCCAUUCUCCAGGGAGGCACAUUUGCUUUCUUGGGACCCUCCCUGGCCAUGCUGUCUCUUCCCACCUGGAAGUGCCCCGCGUGGACACUCAAUGCCAGCCAGGUGAACACCAGCUCACCUGAAUUCAUUGAGGAAUGGCAGAAGAGGAUCCGAGAGCUGCAGGGAGCCGUCUUGGUUGCCUCCUGUGUCCAGAUGCUGGUGGGCUUCUCAGGCCUCAUUGGCUUCCUCAUGCGCUUCAUCGGCCCCUUGACCAUUGCUCCCACAAUCUCCCUGAUGGCCCUGCCUCUCUUCGAUCCUGCGGGUGAUGACGCCGGGAUCCACUGGGGGAUUGCUGCCACGACCAUCUUCCUCAUCGUGCUGUUUUCUCAGUACCUGAAAAACAUCGCAGUGCCCGUGCCCGUAUAUGGACGAGAGAAGAAGUCUCACACCUCUAAGUUCUACCUGUUUCAGAUCUUCCCUGUACUGCUGGGGCUCUGCAUCUCGUGGCUGCUCUGCUUUGUGCUCACAGUCAGCGACGCCCUCCCUUCAGCACCCACAGCCUACGGGUACCUGGCCCGCACUGACACCAAAGGCAACGUCCUGAGCCAGGCUCCGUGGUUUCGCUUCCCUUACCCAGGACAGUGGGGCCUCCCCACCGUCAGCCUGGCUGGGGUCUUUGGGAUCAUCGCAGGGGUAAUCUCAUCAGUGGUGGAGUCAAUAGGUGAUUAUCAUGCCUGUGCCCGUCUGGUGGGGGUACCACCCCCUCCGAAGCACGCCAUCAACCGAGGCAUCGGCAUCGAGGGCCUGGGCUGCCUGCUGGCAGGGGCCUGGGGGACAGGAAACGGCACCACCUCCUACAGCCAGAAUGUGGGAGCACUGGGCAUCACCAGGGUAGGAAGCAGGGUGGUGAUUGUCGCUGCGGGCUGCGUGCUGCUCCUGAUGGGCAUAUUUGGGAAGAUCGGGGCUGCAUUUGCCACCAUCCCGACACCCGUGAUCGGAGGCAUGUUCCUGGUGAUGUUCGGGGUCAUCACUGCCGUGGGGAUUUCCAAUCUCCAGUACGUGGACUUGAACUCACCCAGAAACCUCUUCAUCUUCGGCUUCUCCAUCUUCUGUGGGCUUGCCAUUCCCAACUGGGUGAACAAGAACCCAGAGAGGCUCCACACAGGGAUUCUUCAGCUGGACCAAGUCAUCCAGGUGCUGCUGACCACGGGCAUGUUUGUUGGUGGAUUUCUGGGAUUCCUGUUGGACAACACCAUCCCUGGAAGUCUGGAGGAGAGAGGUCUUCUGGCAUGGAAUCAAGUCCAGGAGGAGUCUGAGGAGACUACGAAGGCCUUGGAGGUCUACGGCCUCCCCUGGGGGAUCGGCACCAGGUUCUGCACGUCCUCCUGCGCCCAGUACCUCCCCUUCUGGCCCAGGGAAGGCAAGGUGGGAGUGCACCAGCUCUCGCUCUGCCCCUGGGACUCAGAAGAGGGGACCCGGAGGGCCACAGACACCCGGAUGUGAGAAGGCUCCUUCUGCACCGCCCCCACCCAGUGUGCUCCUCGUCCCACCCACCAUGGGAGGUACCCUGUCAACCUGAGCGUCUCUGCAUCCCACACAUGGUGGCAGAGUUAGAUAAGUGUUAGAUUAAGGCCAGGGCAAGUGUGCUGUGACCUCCGUCAGCGAGUCAGCGAGGUCUAGCCUCAAGCUACAUCCUUACAACUUGUCAGCCCUCCCGUCUCCAGGGUAAACCAGGACAAACCAGGGCAGCCCAGUGUCCACACAGAAAGCCUCUAGGCAGUAUUUUGAUGCAUUGGGAGGCAGAGGCUUUGGGUGGGGUAGGGAACAGAGAUGGGGCUGUUAGCUGAAAGGUGACAGUAACAUUUCUCUUCCUCCGCAAAGAAGUAUGAGGCCUGCUGACCCCUCCCAUCCAGGUUCCUCCCAAUCAGGCCCCUUCCCUCCAGGCCCCUGCCACUGGCAAACGCUGAGCUUGUGCUAGGUCAUUUCCGUCGUGUCCGACUCUGUGCAACCCUAUGGACUGUAGCCCGCCAGGCUCCUCUGUCCAUGGGACUCUCCAGGCAAGAAUACUGGGGUGGGUUGCCAUUUCCUCCCCCAGGGGAUCUUUGCCCCCAGGGAUGGAACCCGCCUCUCUUACCUCCCCUGCUUCGGCAGGCAGGUUCUUUUCCACUAGUGCCACCUGGGAAGCCCCUGUAAACACUGAAGGGUCUGCAAAGCUACACUCCCUGCAUAUGCCCAGUGCUAGUCCUUGGAGUCAGAUUGUGCAUCACAGGAUGGUAUGGUGAGGCAGUGAGCACUGGGGGUGUGGGUCAGACGGCACCAGGUUUGGACCCUAAGACUUAACCUGCACUUCAGGUUCUCACAGGGACGUGAAACAGCCAAAGCCUUGGAAAGGCCUUCAGUGGAGGGGAGCCACUGUUGCCAUGAUUUAUAAACUGUUCAGAGCAGGUGAGCCUGCUCUCUCUGCAUCCUCAGUGGAUUAGUCAGGAUUCUCUAGAGAGACAGAGCCAAUAGGGGGUGUGUACAUACAUAUAUCUAUGUAUAUACAUAUAUGUCUACAGAGAGAUAUAUAUACAUACAUAUAUACACACACACACACACACACACACACAUGGGGAAGGCAGAUGGAGAGAUUGACUUCAGGAUUGGGCUCAGGUGAUUGUGGAGGCUGGCAAGUCUGAAGUCUGCAGGGCAGGCCAUGCAGGCUGGGACGAAUUGCAGCUGGAAUCUGAAGGCAGUCACUGGAAGAAUUCCCUCUUCCUGAGGGAGGUUAGGCCUUCUCUGAUAGCUCAGUUGGUCAAGAAUCUUCCUGCAAUGCAGGAGACACUGGUUCAAUUACUGGGUUGGGAAGCUCAGCUGGAGAAGGGAUAGACUACCCAUUCCAGUAUUCUUGGAUUUCCUC